AUGACCCGGAUACUCGAACGACUGGCAUUCUGGCGCAAGAAACAACCCAAGAACGAACUCGCCAGGCACACCAACAACUCCGCAUCACGACCCAUCCCCCCACUCCCACCAGCAGACACCCAUGGGCAGCAGCAGCAAGUCGCCACCUCCUUCCUGGUCCCCGACCUCGAUGAUAUCAGGCCAUUCGUCACCAGCACCAGCAAUCCGAUCUCCAUGAGAGACUUGCUCAACGCCAUCUCCCUCAACGUACAGCUCAAGCGGGACCUCUACAACCAACUCAGCCUCAAAUCAAAACGCAAACGAGACGACGAUCAGCUCUCUUCCAUCCAAUCAGACUCCUUCUCAUCCUGGAACUCGUCCAUCCGUGCUCACAACCACCAAGGUACCAUCUGUCGGGCAACCCACAUCGCACUCGGAUCCUCAGAUACCCCGCCCCAGUUCAAGAAACCCAAACUGGUCACCAUUAGCUCAAACGAAGACAUCGAACAUCUCGCCAGCCAACUCGCCCCAUCACCACCCCCCAUUCGCCCGACAUCUGCACCCCAACCCAUCCUUGGUCUCCCCUCCCACAUCUGGUACCAGAUCUUUCUCUACACCCAACUCGCCACCAUCCAGGCCCUCAUUCCCGAUCACCCAGCCUCAUCAUCAACCCAAGAAUCACCCCUCCAAGCAACCAACUCCAUCCGACCCACCAAACUGCUCUCCAGCCACCUCAGGCUCGCCCUCGAGGCCCAGAAAAACCGACACGCAUUGAUCGGCCUCUGUAAAACCCUCAGCCCGAUCGCCCGCAAGGCAGCCUGGUCCACCCUCCUCCUGGGCACCCCCGGCAUGGUCGACCGGAUCGCCCAGCGUUUUGAGGCCGACAGUCACCUGGCCACUCACGUCCAGACCUGCAUCGUCGUCCUGCUGCCCCCAUCCCGCAUGAACACCGCUCCCCAGCUCGACUCCCCUCGCGGCUCGACGGCUGCCAGGCAUGAGAGGGCUAUCCCCAGACCCUCUCCUCUGACGCCCAAGCAACCCAGCAGAUCAUCCCAUCCGGCAGUCCGCAAAAUCCAGAACCAGCCCGUCCAAAACCACACCCCUCCUAGUAGUCGUCAGUCGUUACCCCUCGCUAGACAGGCCCUGAACAGCUCUCGAUCGGCACAAAAGUGUGAGAGGUUCCACUCCGUCCUGAUCCCACCCUUGCCACUGGACAAGAAAGUAACGACUAGUCGGAAUACUAAGUUGAAUUCUGUUACGCCCGCUGCCAACAAUCGCCAACCAAGACGCACCCGGAACCAAGCUGAGGAGGGCUCAUCAGAGUCAGAUGAAUACCUUGACGAGAUCGUCCUCUCGGGCAGUCUGCCCUCCCUAUUUCUGUCCCUGGCCCGCUCGAUGAAGAUCUGCUGUCUGGUCGGCGAGGAGCGGCUGGGGACGCGCGGGCUGAAAUCGUUGAGCGUGCUAUCAUCGGGCCUGCUUGGCUCGCUGGAGGAGCUGUAUGUCGAAGGUGGUGGCCAGUUUCAUGAUCUCGUGACGCUCAUCGACGGGCUUCGCUCGAGCACGAUCCGCGGCAAGGGAGCUGGCCUGCGUACGGUUUCGAUCACUGGGCCCCAUUCGACCCUCUCCACCCGACCGGGACAGGCUCAGCCCCACCGUAUCAUCUCGCACUCCUCCAACACAGACUCUGCCCGCUCGACCCUCACCUGCCCGCUCUCCCAGUCGGGCUCGUCGUCUCAUAAACCGGUCCACCAAACUCACCUCUCGCUCGAGCACUUGCUACUCGGCAACGGGAUCCCCCUGACCCCGGAGCGACUGCACUGGCUCGUCGUCUCUGCCACAGGUCCUCCACGCGGGCUGCGGAGUCUCAAGGUGUGUCUGCAGGCAGACAUGGACCAACCGAGCCUGUCGUCCUCGGUGAGCUCGACCAGCUCGACCGGUUCAGGCCGGCGGAUGCUGAGCGGGCGGGCCUUGUUAAGCCGGACCUUUGAGCGUAUCGGGGGCAGCCUGGAGUGGCUGGCCUUGGAGGAAGACUGGAAUGCGCCGCUGACUGGACGGCUGGCACGGAAGGUCAGUUUCGCCGGCCAGCCAGGCGAAGGCGUACUCGAGGAACCCGUCGCAUUCUGUACCCGACUGGCCUUUCUGAGUCUUCCCGAUGGACCAUUGUGCUCAUCAGGCCUACUCUCCGUGCUCCCAUUCACUCUCCAAACCAUCGAGAUCUUCGACGGCGGAAUGGCCGCCGACGAGCCCCAUCUCUCCGGCUUCUCGGCCCAAGAACUCUGGCUCGCCCACUCCCAGGCCGCCCUCUUCGGCCUCAAAACCGUCCAGAUCGUCGCCGACUCUCCUAAUCAUCUCCUCUUCCGUAAAUGGAAACGCUCCCCCUCUGAUGCCCUCGAUCACUUAAUCCGCGCUGGCGUUCAGUUCCGUUGGAUCUCUGCUCCUUCCGCCGCUUAG